UUUAAUAGUCUUUUCGCUUCUCUUUAUUUACUUGGGUAUGUCUUUUUUUUUCCUUUUCCUUUUUUUUUCGUUUUUGUUAAAUGGAGGAGUUGGAGGUAUUAAAUUAACUCUAGGAAGAACUAAAGCAAAGCUCCGUAGCUUAUUUAUUGGCUGGGCGGAGCAGAGCCGCAAAACUCUCCGCCAACGGAACGUCCAAUUCGAUCCUACCGACUCUCUGUUUCUUUCACCCUGUGCGCCAGACGGAGGACUAUUGCUCUCACGGGAUUUUUGUCCGAGAUUGAAGCAUCCGAACUUCUCUGCACCUCUUUUUAUCGUCUCUCUUGCGACAACCCCUCCAUUCCUCCUCACAAUGGGCAAAUUGACCUCCACGAUCGGUAUCCCGAUCAAGCUUCUUAACGAAGCCCAGGGCCACGUCGUCACCCUGGAAAUCACCUCCGGAGUCGUGUAUCGAGGAAAACUUCUCGAGGCCGAGGACAACAUGAACGUUCAACUGAAGGAUAUCACGGUCACUGCUCGGGAUGGUCGCGUGUCGCAUUUGGAUCAGGUCUAUAUUCGCGGAAGCCACGUGAGGUUCUUCAUUGUGCCGGAUAUGUUGCGGAACGCCCCCAUGUUCCGCUCAAGAGGCCAGCGCGGCCGCGGUGUCGGUCUCGCUCGUGGUAAGGCCACCGUGCAGCGUGCCCGGGGCCAACGGAGGGGUUAAGUAAAAAAACGGGAAAUAUUCAUAUCUCAUAUUAAUGGCGUUUGACUUUUGCUCUUUUUUUUUUUUAUCGUGUUGCCGUUCUAACCUUUACAUUGGGCCGUUCCUGAAAAAUCGAUUCCUGGUUCUACAUGGGAUUCUUAUACCCGCGCGUGUUGUGGGACAUUUCUCCUUUUUUGACGCUGUUUGUCGUGGUUGUGUAGAUUUGAGGAAACGGUGAUAAGAUAAAUUUAUCGAUAUGUGAUGCGGGCUGCAGUGGAUGAAGACUCGAGCUUGAUAUCCAGCUGAUCUAACAUCGAUACCUGGUAAAAAAAAAAAAAAAGAAAAGAAAA